CGCGACCAGUGACACCUCUAGUGUUGUGUGACUUAGUGAAACUCAGUGCAGACAUGUGCGAGUGAUGGAUUACUCUGCCGUCGAUCUGUGACGGGUUUCGGAUCCCGUGUAUGCCCAGGCGCCGGUGGUCGCGCCAGUAUGCGCACCCCGACGGUGCUCAUCGCCCUGCUAGGGUUUCUGCCCCAGGUGCUGACGUCUGGUUCCUUCGAACUUAGGAUAAAAAGUUUCACGAACUCAUUGGGUAGGUUAAGUAGUGGGCAGUGCUGUGAUGGUUCCUCAAGUAGUGAUGCGCCGUGCUUGGCGCCGUGCAGGACUAAAUUCCGCGUGUGCCUAAAAAUCUAUCAAGCUAAUAUCGACACCACAUCACCGUGUACGUUCGGUGACAUCACUACCCCAGUGCUCGGUGGAAACUCAUUGGACGUGCCCAACAUUAACGUGCAAGGAUUUACCAACCCCAUCGUGUUUCCCUUCGAUUUCACGUGGCCGGGCACCUUCUCUCUGAUCGUCGAAGCGUGGCACGAUACGAACGAAACGUCAAGAUCUGAUGAUACGCUCAUUGCACGGAUGACGAAGCAGAGUAUAGCUGACGUCGGAGGCCCCUGGAUCGAGGAGGAGCAGCGGUGGGGAGGCGCGGGGGGUGCGCAUCUCAAGCUGUCCUACCGAGUGACGUGUGCGGCGCACUACUACGGCCCUGGCUGUGAAGUUCUGUGCAGGCCGAGGGAUGAUGCCUUCGGACACUACACCUGUUCUCCGACGGGCGAGAUCGUUUGCAAGCCUGGAUGGACGGCGCAGUACUGCUCGAAACCGAGGUGCCUGCCCGGCUGCGACGCGGAGCACGGCCACUGCCUGAAGCCCGACGAGUGCAUUUGUCAUUCGGGCUGGGUGGGCGAGCUGUGCGACAAGUGCGAGCGGCAUCCGGGCUGCGUGCACGGCACCUGCUCCAAGCCGUGGGACUGCAUCUGCGAGGAGGGCUGGGGCGGCCUGUUCUGCAACCAGGACCUCAACUACUGCACCAACCACAAGCCGUGCCGCAACGGCGGCGUGUGCCACAACACCGGCCAGGGCAGCUACACCUGCGUGUGCCCGGCCGAGUACACCGGCCCCGACUGCGAGAAGUCCCUGCACUCCUGCUCCGUGCGGCCCUGUCUCAACGGAGGCGCCUGCGUGCCCGACGAGGGCGGAGAGCUGUCCUGCGCGUGUCCGUCGGGCUACGAGGGAGCGCACUGCGAAACCCGGAGGCUGACUUGCGCCGACCGACCGUGUCGAAACGGCGGCACCUGCGAGCCGCGACAAUCUGGCUACGUGUGCCUGUGCCCGCCUGGCUACGCGGGUCUCGACUGCGCCGUCGAGGCCGACCCUUGCGCUGCCAACCCUUGUCGUCACGGCGCCACCUGCACGCGGGCCGGAGACGGCUUCCAGUGCGCCUGCAAGACUGGUUACAGAGGCAACCGAUGCGAAAUCGAUAUCGACGACUGCGCGGGCGUGUUGUGCGAACACGGCGGCACCUGCGUCGACUUGGUGAACGGGCAGCGAUGUCAAUGCGCGCCCGGCUUCCUCGGCCCGCGAUGCGAGACACGAGUAGACUUCUGCUUGGCGAAGCCUUGCGCGAACGGCGGGGAGUGCCACGUCCUCGACAACGACUACGAGUGCAGAUGUCGACCAGGCUUCGCCGGAAAAGACUGCAGCAUCGACGUGGAUGAAUGCGCUUCAUCCCCUUGCCGGAAUGGGGGGACUUGUCGAGAUCGCGUGGAUGGAUAUCAUUGCAACUGUCCGCCCGGAUGGGGCGGGAAAUCUUGUACGGUGUCGCUGGCGGACUUCGCGGCGGCCAAACCGGCGGGGGGUCACUUGAGAAGAGUAGGAGAUGAAGCGCCGGAAGAAGAGAGCUUGAGCGGAAGACACGUGGCGUUGAUUGCUGCGCUAUCGGCCGCGGUGCCUGCGGCGGCGCUGGCGGCUGCCGUGGCCGUGGCCUGCAUCAGGAGGAGAAGAAAACGCGCGCAGAACGCGGCGGACGCCGAAGCGCGAGCGCAGAACGCCGCCAACGCGGGCGGCGGCGGCCGCGUCAUCAGGAACACGUGGGGCAAGUGCGAGGGGCCGGUGCCCGAGUGCCAGAACGCGCACAACGCGGCAGCAGAGGAAUGCAAGCGCAAGACGCUCAACACCGAGAGCGCCGCGCGGCUCCUCGCCGCCCUCGACCCGCGACUGUCGCGGCUCUCCGCGGACUCGGCGUAUUGCGCUAAUAGCGAUACGUCGCUCGUGAAGCGAGCGCUGGAAGGCGGAGGGGUGUACGUGCUCGACGACCAUUGCCUGCCGCCCACGUUCGCGACGCAAGUGUAGUGCCAACUGACGCGGCAGUGGACAUUAACUUAUUAUUUAUUCACAACGGACGCUCGUGCGAUUCAGGCUGUGCGCCGCGUGUACAUAUAGCGUAAAGUGUAAAGUGACCCCUGUAUAGACGGCUAGUGUUAAGUAUUCGGAUAUAUUUAUUUGAGCGCGAUCCGUACGCCCUGUAAAUAGUAAUGGCCGAUCGGAUCGCUUUUCCACC